UAUGUAUGCUUCUAGUAAUAAUAAGUAUUAGAGGGUAUUUUCAAGGGCUUUCUGCUGUAUAAUGGCAGUCCGAUGUUGGCUGAUAUUUUACCUCCUUCCUACACAAUCCAUGCUAUGGACGUAGAGCGCCAGUUGUCACGCGCUAAAAUGUCGCACUUGUUUUUGACGAAAUAAAUUUGAGUUUUCGAUAAACUGCGAUGAUACAUUUCACUUCAGUCGAUUUAAGUGGCUCGUGUUACCCAAUCAAUAUGCCUAUUUUUUGUUUAUAAACGUAAAAAAAUGCAAAAAGUAUCAAUUUAUUUUUGUUUACUUCGGAAAUAAUCUGGCAAUAAUAAUUAAUCCUGUAAACAAACUGGAUAAUUUAACUAUUCCGGAUGAAGCAUCAAUUUCGCGUGAGACAAAUAGCUCUGUUUGCAAAAUUGAGGGUCCUUUGACGCUCUACGUCUAUUUGAACGGCGAACCGCUUAUUUCGGAAACAGACUGUAAAUGGGGUACAGUGUUGCCAAACAGCACCAACGGCAAUUGUCAAAUUUGAACGUAAACCGAGCAUUUGUUUACAUUGGCCAUCAACGCAACGGCAACAAACGACGACGCUGCCGGAGCGAAGGUGCUCUACCAACUCGUAGCCAAACAUGGACCAAAACGGAAAGUUAUCGUUUGCGGAAUUUAAUCAAAAACUUCUAAAAUAUAUUUCAAACAGUGUUCAUUGCGAUGUGCAAGAGAAAGAAAUUAUUUCGCGCUUUAAGAAGCUGGUCGAACAGAGAGAUGCCUGCCUUGAACAACUGCUUAAGAAGAAAGAAUUGGAACUGGUGUACUCGGAGGACAUUAAAGGUUUGCAACAGCAGCACGCGAAAGCAGUCGAAGUGUUGGAAAGUAUAGAAAAGAAAUGCAACCUUCUUGCGCUAGAGCAGCUGUCGAUUGAUGGCGCACAGCUGCCGGUGAAAGAAUCGACAGAACAGGAAAUACCGCGAGGAUCGACUGAUCCAUCACACCAAAUGAAUGAAAUGUUGCUUAACCGAUUUUUGCGUAAAUAUUGCAAUCUGUACGUACAGUUCAACGCUAGCGGCAGUGGAAUUCGUGUGCUAUCGUUAGCCGACAAUCAAUAUUACGAGUUUUGUUUGAACGACACCACAAAUGUUGCAGAAUUGAGGGAACACAUCUGGUCCAACUUAGCUGCCUCUAGUGGGCAUUUGAAUUCGUGGGAGAGUCUAUUGUAGUUUGUUCUGAUUUUUUUUAAAAUAAUAGACUAAGUUUCAAUGCGUGUCUUGGCAGUAAGUGACGAUAUAUCAAAUGGACGCAGGCUAGCACAUUAUUGAAAUAAACAGUUAUUUUUUUGCCGAAAAAAAUAUCAAUUACAUUUUGACUGGGCUAGACAAUUGAUGCUUAAUAUAUUGUUUGCGAUGUAUUAUGUGCUGGCAGCUCGACUCAUCACUGCAUUAUACUCUUCAAAGAAUCGAUUACAACUUAGGUUAUGAAGACGCGAAUCAAUAGCUGUGCGGUCAUUUCGGGCUGCAGAAGGACGGUACUAAAAGAAAUCCAUCUCUGGUUGAUAUCAUGGGUCUGUUUUUUGAAUGGUACGGAACCCGUGGUUAGAACCAAGUAACAUAUAAAAACUCUGGUACAAAUCAUCGCUUCAAAAAGAAAAAUUAAUGCAUCUUAAACAUACUUCAUUGAUUUUUUACAACUAAUUAUACUAUAAGAAUAAACUUCAAGUUAGAGCUUUCUUUUUCUUGAUAGUGCUCGAUUCUGAUUUGAAAUUUGUUCUAUAUAUUUUUGAACUGUAAGUUGUCUUUGAUCGUACAUAGGCUGUAAGUCAUUGAAUGCCGAGCCCACUAGUGGGUACACAGGCAAGCCUUGACCGGCAACGGUUGUUGUGCCAUAGCAGAAGAUCGAUCAAUUAGUAUAUGUCCUCUAAGCGCUUAGUACACGUACGAGAAAGUGAUCGAGAUCCUAAAUCGGAUGUGGAAGGAUCAAAAGGAGAAAAAGGAUUCAUGCGUCGCUCUCACUGUCUCAGUAUUUUAUCAAGCAACAAAAGCAGAUUUCAAAUAUUAUAACAUGAGUUUCUUGUUGAAAUUUAAAAGCUAAGCAACAUUCUUCUUCUUCUUUGACACACACACAACAACCG